CCCUUCCAAUAGGAUUUGGUCUUCAAUCUUUUCAUGAUUUUUUUUUACUGGAAGAAGUCAUAUUGUUUUUCUGACACAGUGGUUCAGAGAUGAACUGGAUGACAAGGAGAGAAAUUGGUUCCCUAUGAGCUGCAAAUGAUUUUCUGAAGGCAUGUAAGGACAGAUCAUCAACGGAGGCAUAGUCUUCCACACAAAUCACGAUGAGUAAGGAGUCAAGGCUACAAAAAACAAUAUAGAUACAAACUGGAGUUUGCUUGAAUACAUUUUCUCUCUCCUCUUCCUCCUUCUCAACACCAUUUCCCUCUCUCCAUCUCUGCCUUUCUCCCUCUCACACACAUGCACACAGUUGCAUAGAUACACAAUGCACUCUAUGGAUUUUGGAAGGAAAAAGAAACAGCACAUUGACAUUGGCACAGAGAAGGCAACCAAUGGACAUCUAGAGACAACCACUACAAGUGUGUUCAUUUCAUCCAAGGGGAACUAAAGUUUGAGUGUACAUGUUUCUCUUGCUGUGUGUUUGCUCAGUUUGGCUCAAUUGGCUACAAAAACUAUACAGGAGAAAGACAAUGAAUCCGGAGAAUCUAACCUCUCAGAGCUUCCUUUCAGCAAUCCACAAUAAUACCAGCAACCUCUUCCUGGGGCUUCAGCUUGUCCAGUUCUUCAAACCGCUCAUCAUCCCUUGUUACUCCCUUGUGGUUUCUGUUGGCAUCGUUGGAAAUUACCUCCUCAUCUACGUUAUCUGCAAAACCAAAAAAAUGCACAAUGUUACUAACUUCCUUGUUGGGAACUUGGCAUUUUCAGACAUGCUUAUGUGUGCCACAUGUGUCCCUUUGACCCUGGCAUAUGCCUUUGAGCCUAGAGGGUGGGUCUAUGGGCGCUUCAUGUGCUACUUUGUAUUCCUCAUGCAACCAGUCACAGUAUUUGUUUCUGUCUUCACUCUGACUGUCAUAGCUGUGGACAGAUACCAUGCCAUGGUUUACCCACUUCGGAGGAGGCUGACCGUACCCGCCUGUGCCUAUAUUCUGGCUGCUAUUUGGUUGCUAAGCUACAUUUUAGCUGUCCCAGCCUUGGUCCGCACUUAUCACGCAGAAUUCCCAGAACUGGACUUUUCUAUCUGUGAAGAAUUUUGGUUUCAUAGGAAGAAGGAUCGCUUAGCGUAUGCAUAUAGCACCCUGGUUCUCACAUAUGUCCUGCCCUUAACAGUAAUUUCUGUGUCCUACCUGAGGAUUUCUGUAAAGCUGAAGAACAGAAUCGUUCCUGGCAAUGUCACCCAAAGCCAAGCCGAAUGUGACCGAGCCAGAAGGAGGAAGACCUUUCGCUUGCUGGUGUUGGUAGUAGCAGCCUUCGGAGUCUGUUGGUUGCCUCUGCAUAUCUUUAAUAUAAUAAAGGAUAUUGAUAUUAAACUGAUCAACAAAGAGUAUUUUAACCUCAUUCAGCUCCUCUGCCACUGGUUUGCCAUGAUGUCUGCUUGCACAAAUUCCUUUCUGUAUGCCUGGCUGCAUGAUAGUUUUAGAGGGGAGCUGAAGAAAAUGUUUGCCUGGAGGAGGAAAAAAACUGGACCAGCCCCCAACUGUAUUGUAGCUAGUGUGGUGCUGUAAAUGUGGGGGUUUUCCCCCUUGUUGCAUUGUUGCCUCUCCUGUGAGGAGUAUUAAGUCAGUCUCUUGUGCUAUAAUUGAUAUGUGAGUUAUCUUAACUGGGGUGAGCUGCUUUCAAUGAACCUGUAUGAUGUGAUUUACAGCUGUGUAUUCAUUUAAUGAGAAUAAAUUCCAUGAAUGAAGGCAAACUGCACACAAUUUCUUACU